AUGGCGGAACCGCCGAGCACAGCGCACGGCGCCCCCGCCGCUACCGCCGUCUCGGAGAAAGAACCUUUUGGCAAGCUGCAACUCCCCCCUCGGGACCCGUCGGGUCCUCUGUCCGCCAAGAAGAUCCGGACUGAGGAAAAGAAAACGCCGAGGAGGCUGAACGGAGAAGGAAGCAGCGGCGGGAACAGCAGGCUGUUGCAGUCGCCCGCGACACCUUCGCCUCAGAGCUAUGGCAGCUCUGGUUCUUGGAGCUUCGCCGCUCUGUCUGCUGUCCCUACCCCAUCCUCCUCUCGGAGCAAUUUCUCUUUCUCCUCUGGCACUGCUGUCCCCUCCUCAGCCUCCGCUUCCUCGUCUCAGCCCGUGCCGCGCAAACUGCUGGUUCCUCCUACGCUGCUGCACGCUCAACCUCACCAUCUCCUGCUGCCGGCCGCCGCCUCCUCGGCCACCGCCAAGCCGCGCAGACCCAAGGAAAAGCGAGAGAAGGAAAGGAGGAGGCACGGCCUCGGAGGGGCGGGCGAGGCCGGCGGGGCCGCCCGCGAGGAGAACGGGGAGAUGAAGCCGCUGCAGCGAGAUAAAAUCAAAGACAAAAUUAAGGAGAGGGAUAAAGAAAAGGAGAGAGAAAAAAAGAAGCAUAAAGUAAUGAAUGAGAUCAAGAAAGAAAAUGGAGAAGUUAAGAUUUUGCUGAAAAGUGGGAAGGAGAAACCAAAAACAAAUGUAGAAGACUUACAAAUUAAGAAAGUAAAGAAGAAAAAGAAAAAGAAACACAAAGAGAAUGAAAAACGGAAGCGUCCAAAAAUGUAUAGCAAGUCUAUUCAAACCAUCUGCUCAGGAUUGCUAUCUGAUGUUGAAGAUCAAGAAGCCAAAGGCAUCCUAAAUGAUAACAUAAGGGAUUACAGUGGAAAGAAUUUGGAUACCAAGAACUAUGAUUCCAAAAUUCCAGAGAACAGUGAGUUUCCAUUUGUCUCAUUCAAGGAGCCACGGGUUCAGAACAACCUCAGAAAGUUGGACACUUUGGAAUUCAAACAGCUCAUUCAUAUUGAGCACCAGCCUAAUGGAGGUGCAUCGGUUAUCCACGCCUACAGUAAUGAACUCUCCCACCUGUCUCCUGUGGAGAUGGAGAGAUUUGCAGAGGAGUUUGUGGGUCUGGUAUUCAGUGAAAAUGAGAACUCGGCAGCUUUCUAUGUAAUGGGGAUUGUUCAUGGGGCAGCUACUUAUUUACCUGAUUUUUUAGACUACUUUUCAUUUAAUUUUCCCAAUUCACCAGUGAAAAUGGAGAUUUUGGGAAAGAAAGAUAUAGAGACAACGACUAUGUCUAAUUUUCAUGCUCAGGUAAAAAGAACGUAUUCUCACGGUACUUACAGAGCUGGCCCAAUGCGACAAAUCAGCUUGGUGGGAGCAGUUGAUGAAGAAGUGGGAGAUUACUUCCCUGAGUUCCUUGACAUGUUGGAAGAUUCACCAUUUUUAAAAUGUACACUGCCAUGGGGGACACUAUCUAGUCUAAAAUUAGAGAGUCGAAAAGAUAGUGAUGAUGGUCCCAUCAUGUGGGUACGCCCAGGAGAACAAAUGAUCCCUGUGGCUGAUAUGCCAAAGUCACCUUUCAAAAGGAAAAGAACUACCAAUGAAAUAAAAAACCUGCAGUACCUACCUCGAACUAGUGAGCCCCGUGAGAUGCUCUUUGAAGAUAGGACAAGAGCUCAUGCAGAUCAUAUAGGACAAGGUUUUGAACGACAAACUACAGCUGCUGUUGGAGUGUUAAAGGCUGUGCACUGUGGAGAGUGGCCUGAUCAACCCCGAAUAACCAAAGAUGUGAUUUGUUUUCAUGCUGAAGAUUUCUUAGAAGUAGUUCAACGAAUGCAGUUAGAUUUGCAUGAACCUCCAUUGUCUCAGUGUGUCCAGUGGGUUGAUGAUGCAAAACUUAAUCAACUGAGGAGGGAAGGUAUUCGCUAUGCCAGGAUUCAGCUGUAUGAUAAUGACAUUUAUUUUAUUCCAAGGAAUGUUGUUCAUCAGUUCAAGACAGUUUCAGCUGUAUGCAGUUUAGCAUGGCACGUUCGGCUUAAGUUAUAUCACUCAGAGGAGGACACUGCUCAAAAUACAGGCAUGCAUGAAACAGACACAUUGCCGGAUUCCAAGUCAUCAAUUCUUGGACCUCAUGCUGAUAAUGUGAUUUGUGCUGUAAGCAAAACCUCCUUGGAUUCUAUUUUUCCAGACAAACUUCAUUCUAAAUAUGAGUUACAGCAGAUUAAACAUGAAUCUGUUGCCUCUGUAAGAAUCAAGGAAGAACCUGUGAAUGUUUAUAUUCCUGAAAAGACUGGAGCACCAAAUAGUAUGGAUGGCAAGAAUGUUAAAGCAAAAUUGGAUCAUAUUCAGUUUACAGAACUUAAGAUCAAUGUGGACUCUAAAUUUGAUAGCAGCAACAAAGAUUUAAAGGGAGAAUUGUGUCCUAGAAAUCUCAUAAAUCUAGUUGAUACAAGGCAACAUAGUUCAACACAUUCAAAUCAAGAUAGAAAAGAUGAUGACAUUUUGUGCUAAAUUUGUACAUACCAUUAAAAUUUUUUUUCUUAAACUUAAUGUAAUAAAGAUUCAUGAAUUCUGAAAGCAAGCCAAGGACUUGCUCCCAAGUCUGUUACAAAUUAUAGUUUAUGUAGCUUUGUAACAUUCCUCAGUGCCUGUCCAUAACUGUGAAGUAUCAAAGCACUUAGGGCCAGAUGCACUGUAAACAUUGCAGGUUUAAACAAAAGGAGUCUUUAAAAAAAUCAUUUGCGUUAGAGUUGUAGGUUUUAGAAUAGAGCUGACAUUAACAUAUAUAUAUUUUUUUCUUCUUUUUGUAAUAUGAGCCAGAGUUCUUUUUUGACAGUUUAAGGCUUUUCCAUAGAGCUUAUUUAUACCAAUUUUUUUUUUCAUUUUAAAUAUGUCACCACUGUAGUGUAAAUAGCUUUUUAAAAAUCUUUUUAGUGUGAUUUAUACUGAAAUGUGAGCCACUUAAUAAAGGUUCAUUAUAAAUAUGUUUUCUGUUGGGUCUGCAAAAAAAAAAAAAAAAAAAACCAGACAAUUCAUUUAAAUCAUUUAUUAUCAUCAUCUAUUAUGUUUCUGCUGGUAUAUCCAUUUAGAGUGCUAGUGGAGUUGAAAUGUGUGAUUCAAAUCUAGUGAAUAUUUAAAUUCCCCACACUGUGCAAGCAUUUUUAAAGCCAAGAUUCAGUUACGAAAGCAUAUUUAUGUGUGUGUAUGUAUGGGAAUAUGUAUGUAUAUCAUAUUUUGCAUAACUUCUUAAUUUGCUGAAUAAGAAAAAUAUGUGAAACUUUCUAGUCUUAUUACUCCCUUGAAUACUUUUAAAAACAUUUGUAUUCAACAUGAAGAAAGCAAUUUAGGUAGUAGAAACAAUGUUAUAAGUUGGGAAAAACAAGGUCUGUUAGUGAUACCUAACUCCCUUGUGGCCAGACUAUAUAGCCCUAUCAUGAAUUUUCUUUUUAGUGUAUGAAAUAAAAAGUUGAGAAUAUUUACUAAUAAGCACCCAUACUUAAUAGAAUGUAAGAAAUUUUAUAGAAAGUUUAAUUGUAAGCAAUUAAAAUCCUCUAUCACUUUUAUUGAAGAACAGGAAGAAAAUAUGGCAAAUAGAAAAUAUUAAAAGCAUUGACUCUACUUCCAUGUACACUGAGAUAACAAAAUAUGAUUAUUAAUCUCAUCUUUCUCAGCAUCCCUCUCCCUACCCUAGCAAGAUAAACAAUUCAGAGUACUUUUUUUUUUUUUCUUCAAAAGAAACUCUAGGAAGUAAAAUUGGGAUAGGAAACAAGAUUGCCAAUGCCUCCCUAAAGAUGAUUAUAAAAAACAAAUUUUUUCAAUAAUGGGCUUCAGUGCUGUUUAGAUUGCUUUCACUACUGUAAUUAAAAGUCAAAUAAGGUGUGGUUCAAUGUUAGGAAAUCUUUUUUGGCAAAUCUGUUUUACUUGUAUUUGGUAUUUUUCUGAGCUCAUACUUUGGUUGAUGUCUUUCACUUGCGGUUGUUUAUGCUACCUUUUCAGCUAGUGUUGCUAUUCCCAUUGCAUUGGUUUCUGCUCUGGCCUCAUUUGUGGUACCCAUAAAACUUCUUAUCUCUGUGAUUAAGGAGAAGCCACUUAAAGGCAUUUCACUAGAAAAAAUAAAUUGCAACAAUGAUGUCA